UUCACGCCCCUCGUCAUCACCGCUUUCUUCCAAAGUGUACUCAGCUGAGAGAGAGGGAGAGAGAGAGAAUCUUUCUUAAUCUUUCCCCGACGCCUGUGGCUGUCAUUUUAACGACCUCCUUAAAAAUAUCGCUACUCACGCGUAUCUUAGCUCACCUUCCGGCAUUCCGCUACCCUGCGCAUCCCGGAAUCCUCUACGUUGACUACUCGUCGGAGGUCGGCCCCUACCACUCAUUUCCGUCACGACCUUCUAGAACCCUCUAGAAUCCCUCUUCUGCGGGAAUAAAGAAAGGUGUUCAGUGUAGAGAAAGUAAAGGAGAAAGGAGGAAGAGCCUUUUGCCUUUUUCUGCGGGAAGAUGGGCGUUGAUUACUACAACAUACUCAAAGUUUCGAGGAAUGCAACUGAAGAGGAUUUGAAGAAAUCUUACAAGAGGCUGGCGAUGAAGUGGCAUCCGGAUAAGAAUGCUGUCAACACUACGGAAGCAGAGGCCAAAUUCAAGCAGAUAAGUGAGGCGUAUGAUGUGUUGAGUGAUCCGCAGAAGAGACAGAUCUAUGAUUUGUACGGGGAAGAAGGGCUCAAGUCUGGUUUGUUUACGCCGCCGAGUUCCAAGGAGAGGGGGGAUUUCGGAGGGGGGAGGGGGUUUAAGUUUAGCACGAGGGACGCGGAGGAUAUUUUUCACGAGUUUUUUGGUGAUUUUGAUGUUGGGAGAGGGAACAGUACUGGUGGUGUUGGUGGUGCUGGUGGUGGGUUGAAGAAGGCUGCACCCAUGGAGAGUAAGUUGCCAUGUAGCUUGGAGGAGUUGUAUAAGGGCUCGAGGAGGAAGAUGAAGAUAUCAAGAAUCGUUCUUGAUGACUCUGGUAAGCCUGGCACUGUUGAGGAGGUCUUGGCAAUACACAUUAAACCUGGUUGGAAGAAGGGUACAAAAAUUACCUUCCCGGAGAAAGGAAACCAUGAACCUGGUGCUACCCCUGGAGACCUCAUUUUUGUUGUGGAUGAGAAGCCCCAUCCGGUUUUUAAGAGGGAUGGCAAUGAUCUAAUCAUUAAUCAAAAAAUCUCCCUACUGGAUGCUCUCACUGGCAAGACGCUCAACAUUACAACCCUGGAUGGAAGAGAUAUACCUCUUACGAUAUCGGACAUCAUCAAACCAGGCAAGGAAAUAGAUCUGGCUGUCUCAGUAUCAGAUAUUGUCAAACCGGGCCAUGAAAUAGUUAUAAAAAAUGAAGGUAUGCCCAUAUCAAAACAACCUGGUAAAAAUGGAAAUUUGAGGAUCAAGUUUGAUAUCAAAUUCCCUUCGAGGCUUACUGCAGAACAGAAAUCAGACUUGAGAAGGGUCUUGGGCAGGAAAAGCGAGUAAUGCUGGUUUCGUUGUGAUUCGCCUUUCACUCUAGUUAUGAAAGUGCAACUAAGUGUACAUACUUAACCUAUUCAGUUCAGACUAGAAGCAUUAUUGUGCAUAGUAGGAGAAACAAUCCACUUUUCUUUCCUCCAACUUCUAGAAAUAUUUAGCUCAACUUAGCAGCUACUUCAGCUGUCAAACAAAAACUUUUUGCAAUGCAUGUCAAACUGUAAAAUAUAAUAAUGUCUACUUCUAUAAUUUUGUAUUGUUUUUUGAAGAUAUAUAUCUUAUUGCUUGGUUGUGUGGAUAUGUUUAUUCACAUUCAAGCUCUGCCUAUCCA